AUGCUGUUUGGUUAUGAAAAAGCUUCAGGAGUAAAUGUCAGCUGCGACGUGAGAGGUGGGCAUCAGACCAUGUGCAGGCAUUCUGACAAACUGGCUGUCUCAGGAGAGGCUGGAGAAAGUUCCAUGCCUUUUGUAUCUCAAGUUACUCAAGAAGCAUUUGAUUUCAUGAUUGCAGAAAAUUCAUCCUCGCAAUAUUGGAAAGAAGUGGCAGAAAAACGGAGGAAGGCUCUCUAUGAAGCACUUAAGGAAAAUGAGAAACUUCAUAAAGAGAUUGAAGAGAAGGACAAUGAGAUUGCCUUCCUGAAAAAGGAAAAUAAAGAAUUGGUGGAAGUAGCAGAACAUGUACAGUAUAUGGCAGAAGUGAUAGAGAGACUGCAUGAUGGACCUCUGGAUAACUUGGAAUCACCAAAUAGUCAAGAAUUUGAUUCUGAAGAGGAAACAGGAGAGGACUCUACAGAGGAAAACUCAGAAAUUGGUACAAAUGCUGAAGAAGUUAAACCUUCCUCUACAGACGCAAAGCCACAUGUAUGAGAUUCAUUAAUUCCUGACUCUUGAGAAAUACACUGCCAAAGUUUACCUCCACUAUAGUUCUUUGUAGCAGAGCAGACAAGUGUAUAAUGCAAAGUGGGAAUCAAACUUAC